AGAAUGUUUUUUGCCGAGUGUGCUGCGCGUGUUACUCAGCGACUGUGUUGCUGCUAAAAGAAAAGCUGCACCAAUUGAAACAUCAAUUUGCUGUUCCUUUGGAGACACGCGUAUUUCAGCCCCGCUAAACUUUGUUAGGAAUUUUCAUAUUCCACGCCAGUCAAUCCUACUCAUCGUAGCAGGGACACAGUAAUCGGAGGCGUUGGCCGUUGCCCAGUCAAUUGUGCGCCUUUACCGACUUCCAUAUAGCGACGUCGCAAUUACUUCACAUCUUGUUGUCCACAGAAUAUCAUUCUAUCCAGCUCCUGGCUUACUCUAUGCGCUACCCUUGACCAUCCUCUGCAGACGAGACAUGGCGACGCGCUUUCACCACAGCGCCUUCCAUGCUGCCCACCAGCCCUGUUCGUGGUCAACCAGCGCAACACUCUGGCACUUCUGGUGCCGAAGUCGCCCUGGGCACCAUUUCUACUUCGCCAGCAACAGCCCCAGCGAGAGCCUCCCCCGCGUUCCAAGCAUGGCCUCCGCGCGAACAAGCCACCAGCGAUGCUCUCGACCCCUUCCAAAGCCCCGGAGUCAUCGGCAGCGACGAGGCACUGCCACACGGUUGGCGGGAGCUUCCGUCCUGGAGCACAUCUGGACCUGACAUGGCACCACCUGGUGGCAAUCCCUACCUGGUCGUCAUUCCGGCGCCUUCGGUACUCUCGAUGGCUGAUUCUACGGAGGUAAACCACGUCAGCGGUGGCGCCUCAUCAUCUUCAGCCUCGGAGGAGAAGGUUACACUUGAGCUGCUGUACGGCUUCAAUGGAAACGGCUACGGAGCUUUCCAGCAAGCGAGCACUUCGGGCUCCGCCAGCGACGGUGACUCAGCCGCUGAUAAGGCCCAAGGGGGCAUGGUAGCGGAGGUUGCGGCUCCGCGGCUCCGGGUGGUGAUGGCGGCGGGGGAGCAUGUGCUUGUGGACGAGGUGUACGACACAUCCAGAGAGCGCCUGCCGUACAUAAGCCUCCCACUCGCCCCAACCGCCGUCGCCAACCUCCCCACCGGCCCACUUCACGUCUGGCUGCUCUCAACCGCCGCUACCGACCCCGACCCCUCCGCACCAUCCGACCUGGCGCCGUCAGUCCUCGUGGGGGAUGCCACCAUGCUGCUCCUGCCACCGCCAGCGGCCAAGGAGCUUAGCCUACAUGUAGCCACGGUCCUCAGCAAGGCCGGGGCAGAUGCGACGGCAACCUCGCCGCAGCCGCCGUUGACGUCAUCCGACUCGUCGACGAGGGACCCAUGGGACGGUCGCGGCGCAGCGGCUCGUAGCCAAGUGUGGACGCAGCACCUGCAGCCGCUGCUGUACGACUUUGGAUACGUGCUGACGUCAGCGCGGGAUGUGUACGAGGCGUACGACUCGGGAAUGGAGGCCGCUGCCGCUGCCGCCGCCGCACCGGGGAUCUCGGUUAGUGGUACGACACGCUACCCCGGCGGCACCGUGAAUGCGGCUUAUGGCGAUGCGACGCUGGCGGCGGCAUGGGCGGAUGUGGCACUCGAUGUGCUGGCGCAUUGUGAGGCGGCAGGACUGCCGGCAUGUGCGGAGGUGAUCCGGGGAGCUGUUGCGAACGUGGCCAGGGUCAUGGAGGCCGCCGUUGCGGUGGGCGCGCAAAGCAGCGGCGGUGGCGGCAACAGUGGCGACGUUAAUGAGCACCUGGCGGAGGCGGGGCUUGUGGCCG